UCAAAAAAAUAAAUUAGUAAAUAGUUUAACGUACUAAUUAAAAUCCGAAUAGGGAAAAAUCAGCCGUCUUGUUUGUAUUUUGUUUUUGACAGAUAAUAGCCUAUAAACUGUUCAAAUUGCUUUAAAUAGCAAACCUAGUUUAGGUCUGCCAAUUGCAGAAAACGCUGUUAAAAUGCGCGUUGCUGUGCUAUUAAGAUUUAUUUGGGUGGCCAGUCAUUUAGCUCUGUCAGACGCAGCGAAAAUGUACGAGACUUGUCGGGAUAUAAAACAAAACACAAGUCCUGAUCUGCUGGAUGACUUGGUCGACGGGUUUUAUUUUGUGAAACUGCAAAACGGGGUGGGCGUUCAAGUUUAUUGCACUGGGAUGUCACCUGGAUCGUCCGAAACGCCGAAGGAGUUUCUUCAUUUUCCAGUCGGACGAAGCUCAAACUAUGGCGAAGUGUACAGAUACGUAGGUUCUGAUCAGUCUUGUACUUUGGAAGACGCGCCCGAGCAUGACCACGAUGGUUACGGUAAAACAGAGUAUGAAAAAGUUCUUUUUGACCCGAGAACAAGAAUAAUAACCAACACGGACAGCACUUUUGGUACAACAACUACAGGAAAAACAAUACACUACGCGGACGCCGGCGACAAACAUUCUUACUCGCCGAGCUGUGCACCAUUCGGGAAGUUUUCCAUUGAUCUGACCGGUACACCUUGGGUUGUGAAUAAUGGUAUGACGUGGAAAUGGGAAGGAACGUUCGCGAACGGAGAUAACACGAUGGGUGCUGCGGUGCUGGAUAGUAAAUGUACGAAAUAUAUAUAACACGGACCAAGUUGAAACUAUUUGUUGUUAUAUUUUCGUAGUGUAUCUUGGUUGUUACAUCGACCAAUCUUCGCGAGAUCUUCCGGAAGCUGUCUGGCAUGACAACAGUGUGUAUUCUGAAACCUGCAGAAAACACUGUUCCGAUAAUGGAUUUGAAUACGCAGGCACCCAGGUAAAGAGAGAAUAGUGACGGCUGUGUGAUAAAAAGCAUUUACGACUAAUCUCUACCUGCAGUAUGCAAGUGAGUGCUAUUGCGGUCACACUUACGGUAACUUCGGGCCAGCCGCGGACGAAUCCGAAUGCAAUAUGCCUUGUGCGGGUAAUGCAAACGAAAUGUGUGGUGGUGUUUGGAGGAACUCGGUUUACAGA